AGGGACUGUGAGAAACUCCAACAAGCCCAAGACCCACCCAUUCAUAUGGAGAUUAGAGUGUAUAAAUACAAGGAUGAGGCAGAAGGGAAGGUAGCUCAGAUUUUGCUAACUCUUCAGACUGGGCAGCGACCCUCUGUACACCUUGAUAGCUAUGGCACCCACUGUUUUCAGACAAGCAAGCUUUUCUAAGGAACAGCUGACUUCAGCUCAUAAGGUAAAUUAGAUAUCUAGGAAUUCUCAUUCGUCCCUUUGUUGAAUUAUGUUUUCAUAAUUUAAAAAUGGUCAGACAUUUUUUCUAAAUGUAUUUUCUUUUCUUCAGUUAAGAAAGCCAAUGGUGGAGAAACUGCGCCGAGACCGCAUCAACACCAGCAUUGAGCUGCUGAAAUCCCUGCUGGGUCCCGAAUUUCUUAGGCAGCAGCCUGACUCUAAGCAAGAGAAGGCAGACAUCUUGGAGAUGGCUGUAUCCUAUCUGAGAAGCUGGCAGAAGCAGCAUCAGCAGAUUUGUAUGACCUCUGGCCUGAUGACAGUCAAUGAUGGCUACUCCCACUGUGUGCAGGAGGCUGUCAGCUUCCUGUCCCACUGUGAUAUUCAGACUCAGGCCCACAGACAACUGCUUGGCUACUUCCAAGGUCUGCAGGCGUCCAGUAUGCCUUCCUCUCUCUCCCCUCCAGGCUCUCCACUCCAUCAAGUUUGCUCCAACAAAGGCCAGAACCAGGCCAGUGGACCUCUGUGGAGGCCAUGGUAGAACAGAGGCACAAUUAUCUUCACCCUGAGAAGAGGAGAACUAUAUCCGUGAGUGUCAUGGAUAGACUGUUACAGACAUGUUCAAGUGAUUUUCUUUUUUGCUUUGGCAAAAGAUUCAAUAUUGUUGAUUUUAUUUGAAGUUUGUUGAAAUAUGCCCUUAUGUGCUGCCUGUACUCCUGUAGAAAAGUUGAAACUACUAAAUAUGUACACCAUGUGUAUACACGUAGCACACUUAAUUGUGAUGAGUUGUUACUCCAUGACACUGUUAACAGUUCCUCUGGGAGGAAGAGAAUCCUGAAAUUUUGUUUGUUUUGCAAACACUGAAUUAAUUUGUAAACCCCACAUGGGUUCAAACUAUUAAGUUUCUGAGACACUGUUAGAUUUCUGUGUCUAAACAAAUGUCUAUCUUUGAUACUGAGUAUCUCUGCUUGAAGAUUUAUCAGCUUGAUGUUGAUGAAUUGACAACCUCUCAUGAAAGGAUCCCAUGGAUCUAGUUUUGUUGUAAAUCUUACAAUGAUUGUUCUAAGUUUUGACCAUAUGUAUCCACUAUUUGGCCUGAGUGUGGGACUUGUCAACUGUUAAGCUGUUUUGUAAUAUUAGAUGUUCUUUCAUCUUUAGAUUGACACCUUUUUUAAAUGUGUUCUAUACUGGGAUCAGUGUUUUCUAAAGAAUCUGCUGAAUGCUUCCUUGAGAAGUUGUCCUUUUCGAAAAAAAAUAAAGAUAAAGCUUCAGGUGAAGCUUUUCAAACAUACACACAAGUUUUAACUGUCUUUCUUUAGAGAACUCUAAAGAUGGCUGUCAGAGAUAAAAUCAGUACAAAAUCCUUGAUAACAACUGGAGUGUAAUAAUGAUGAACAAAUAAAUGUUUGAAUUCCUGUUUGCUGGA